GACUAAUUGUAUUAUGCGUAUUUUUGGAAAAAGCGGUGUUUUCGAAAGACGUUAAUUUUCCUCUGCGGCUCGCGGAUAAGAUUUUCAGUUACAAGACAUUCAUGCUGCUAAAGCGAUGCCUCGGUCUUCAGCUUCAGGGUCCAGUAAAGAUGAUUUUGUUGCCAUCACCAAUGAACUUUUCCGGAAGUUUCACAUCGCUCCCGUGAGGAAUCUGUCAGAAUGUGAGCCAUCAUCGUUUGUCACUCUCUAUGAGGGCAUCCUAGGAGAUAGAAUCAAAGGUGUCAUCCAAUGUCCAGUCACCCGAGAAGAUGAAAUUCACAAUGUCCAGUGCGUGAUAGAGAGCCUGUCCAGGGAUGUCCUGCACUGCGAUCUUUCCCACAUCACCGGCCAGGCCAUCGUUGACCGUGACGGCGUCUCUGUCCAGUACCUCCUAGAAAUUCUGGAGGGUCUGGUGGAUUAUGUCAUGGAGCAGAUCGGUAGUGAGACGUCCAGCGAGGUUGAUGACUUCAAGCCCCUCCAAGAAGUGAGCUUACAUUCAGAGACAGAAGGAUCCUCCUCCAGGAGACGGAUCAAGGACCAACCAGGGAUGUCAUCAGCUCCUUUUGUCAGUACAAGAUCCCUUGGGAGUAUGUCUCUGCCGAGUAGCAUCUCACUGCACCCUGAUAUGGAGGAGCUAUCGGAGGGCAGCAACUCCACGGCAGAGCUCAUCAAACUAGGGGAGGAGUCUGCCAGUUACAGGAGAAAACAUACAGCUGUGACGCAUGACAAGAAUGGAGAAUUGAAUUCCACCUAUCAGAGAUCAGGGAUGUCCAAGAUGUUUGACAGCUAUGGUAUCUCAGAGGGACGUCUCUCACAGCUUACUGAUACUACACUGAAGGAUACCAGUAUUUCUGGACAAGAGCCCAUGAGUGGUUCUUUUUCCACGAUCACCUGGCCCAAGGCACCCAGUACAGUAUCAUCUCCAUCGCCAGUCUCCAAACCAGCCACUAGGAGCAGUCUCUCACGACCAGCCCACACCAAGGCCUUCAUGGCAGAGAAGAUGUCACCGUACAACAGCCUGUUAAGGAGUCUAACCGAUGACUUUUCUGGUUUGACUGGAAGCAAUGGUUAUCAGAAAGGUUAGAAUACUCACAUGUAACCUAAGAACUUUGUGUGCAAGAUUAUGAGUGGUAGAGGUGUAGUUGUCUUAGUGAAUAUGUCACCGAACUGU